AUGGCUGAUACGCUUAACAACGAGACGACUAACCACCAUAUUGGCAACUCCAUAGUUGAUGAGGCUUAUGAGCCAACUUAUGCAGAAGCAUUUCCUCCUCUCAGUUCUGAAGACGGCUUAUCGUCAAACUAUUGCCCGGCCCCACCUAACAAGUGGAACAACAACAACAAUGUGUCGGCCCCGGUCAACAGGAUGGCUGUCAAAUCUUCUGUUGUCACACAAGUCUUCACAAUUCCAAUGGAGGAAAGGAAGUAUCUGAAUGAGUCAGUCUUUGGUGACAAGAAGAUACAGGCCUCUACUGUCAGUGACAUUAUGAGUAGGCAUGAGGUAUCAAUAGAGAUGAGUGUUUCCAAGGACCAGAGCCUGUCGGUGAUUGUGACAGGCAAGAUGGAUGCCGUGAUGAGGGCCAGGAAGGACCUGACACAACAACUUCAACAGCAGGGCUCUUUGAAGAUACACAUCCCAAAAGAACAUCACCGCUUCAUCAUCGGCUCGAAGAACAAGGUGCGUGAACAACUUGAAAUGGAGACGUCGACUCGCAUCAAGAUCCCCCGUCCGGACGAACCUUCAGACAUCAUCGAGAUAACAGGCACCAAGGAGGGCAUCGAGAGGGCAAGAUUGGCCAUACAACUCAAGUCCGAUGAGAUGUCCAAGUUGGCAGUUGUGAGGAUUCCAGUGUUGAAGGCUUACCAUCCGUUCAUCUCAGGACCGAAUGGCCAGCUGAUCAAGGACCUGAUCGAGAAGACAGGGAAAGAUGUGAGAGUGCACAUCCCUCCAGCUCAGAUCCAAUCUGAUGAAAUAUCCAUCUCCGGAGAGAAGGAAGGGGUCCAGCAGAUUGAGAGCGAAAUUAGGCGGAUAUAUGAUGACAAGCUUCGCAACUGCAAGACUAUCUCAGUGGAGGUGAAGAAGACUCAGCACAAGUACAUAAUGGGUUCCCGCAACUCCCACCUGACCGAGAUCCUCGCCGCGACGGGGGUGUGGGUGGAAGUGCCCUCCCUAGACGUGCCUUCAGAGACCAUCACCUUGAGAGGUGAUGCCGAUAAGUUGGGACCUGCUCUCACCCUCGUCUAUGCUAAAGCAAACAGUGUUGUUAGUAGAGAUCUAGAGGUGGAUAACUGGCUGCAUCGAUUCAUCAUCGGACCCAAGGGGGCCUCCAUCAGGCAGAUCAACACUGAUUUUCCCAAGGUCCACAUAGAGCUGAUAGAUGCCGAGAACAAGAUAACAUUAGAAGGUCCACCGCAUGAUGUUGCUCAGGCCGAACAGGCCAUCAUGGAGAAGGUCAACGACCUGAAAUCACGCAUGGCAUAUGUGGAGUUAACAAUUGAUCCAAAGUUCCAUAGACACAUCAUUGGAAAGAAUGGCUCUAAUGUGGCUCGUAUAAGGAAGGAGUCCGGGGUUCAACUGCGCAUUCCCCCCGAUGAUUCCAACAGUAACGUCAUCAGGAUUGAAGGCUCGCCGGAGAGUGUUCACAAGAUUAAAAAUGAACUGCUUGAGAUGGUCGAAAAGAUUGAGAAUGAGAAAUCACGUGACAUCCUGAUCGACUUCAACCUCCACAAACUCAUCAUUGGAUCGCAAGGCUCCAAGAUCAAGGAGAUCAGGGAAAAGUUCAAUCAGGUUCAAAUUUCCUUCCCGGACGCCAACCAGCAGAGUGAUGUCGUACAGUUGAGAGGGCAGAAGAAUGAUGUAGACAAGUGCUUCAAGUACCUUCAGCAACUUGUCGCCGACGUGUCUGAGAACAACUUCAAAGCCGAGGUACAUGUCUUCAAGGACUUCCAUCGAAACGUCAUUGGCAAGGGAGGAGCUAAGAUCAAGAAAAUUCGAGAGGACACCAACACGAAGAUCGACCUACCGAAGGAGAACAGCGUGAGUGACGUCAUCGUCAUCACGGGCAGGAAGGAGAACGUGAUGAAGGCCAAGGCCCUAAUUGAGCAGAUCCAAUCGGAGAUGGCAAACAUCAGCGAUGUGACGAUCGACAUACCGCAGAAACUGCACCAAGGUCUGAUCGGAGCUAAGGGCAAACUCAUCAAAUCCAUAUCCGAUGAGUGUGGUGGAGUGCUCAUUAGAUUUCCAAACGAGAGUUCAAACAGCAGCAAGGUCCACGUGAAAGGGCCGAAACAGGAGGUUGAGAAGGCGGCUAAGUUGCUUCAAGAGCUGGCCAGUGAGAAAUUGGAAGCAGGUUACACAGCAGAGGUGAGGGCCAAAGCAGUGAACCAUGGAUUCCUGAUAGGGCGCGGUGGAUCUGCCAUCAACAAACUGAAAGAUGAACUCGGCGUAAGGUUCUCAUUCGCUAGUCCAAGAGAUCCAGACCCCGACCUCAUCACCAUCAUCGGCAAGAAGGACGCCGUCGAGAAGGCCAAGCAAGUUCUCGAGGCUAAAAUUGCCGGACUGGAGAACAUAAUAGAGAUGGAAAUCAUAAUAGACCAGAAACAUCAUCGGCACUUCACGGCCCGCAGAGGUGAGGUGGUCAACCAGAUUGUGGAUGAGUGCGGUGGCAUUUCGGUCAGUUUCCCGAAACCAGGUGUGAAGAGCAGCAAGGUGGUCCUGAAGGGAGCCAAGGAAUGUGUUGAGGCUGCAAAAGCCAGGAUUGAAGAAAUCAUUGAUGAUCUGGAGUCCCAGGUGACGAUUGAAGUGGACAUCCCUCAGAAGUUCCACGGCAACAUCAUGGGGUCGAAGGGCUCGAAGAUUCAAGAGAUCACCAGGGAGUUCAACGUGAACAUCAAGAUGCCCGACAGGAGAGUUGAUCAAGCUUCGGACGAAUCAAGUGACCACCAGCAUGAGAAUGGUGAGAAACUGAGUAAUGGGGAGGACCACAACGGCAAGUCAUCCAAUCCCAUCAUCGUUUCGGGCAAACCUGAGAACUGUGAGGCUGCUAAAUUGGCCAUGCUAGAUUUAAUCCCAGUAACGGAAGAGAUGGAGAUCCCACACGAAUUUCACGGACAGAUCAUCGGUCAGAAAGGUGCCUUCAUAAGACAGAUCCAAGAUGAGUUCAACGUCAACCUGGUCGUGCCCCCCCAGGCUGACAGGAAGGACUGCAUCAAGAUCGUCGGACCCAAGAAGUCUCUGGAGGGUGUUAAGGAGGAGUUAAGGAAGAAGGUCGAACUGCUGGAGAAGGAGAGACUUGAUAGGGAACUGAAAAGUUUCAAGCUGGAAGUGAAUGUGCCUCACAAGUACCACACAACUCUGAUCGGUCGGAGGGGUGCCACCAUCAACAAACUCAGGGACCAGUUCAACGUCAACAUCAAGUUCCCUGAAAAGUCAUCGCCCGAGAAAUCCCCCGACAACAACAGCAUGGAAGAUGGGGUGUCCGACGAGGUGGACCUCAGCAACAUCAUCGUCAUCCAGGGCUACGAGAAGAAUGUCAACGACGCUCGAGACGCCAUUUUGGAGAAGGUCAAGGAACUGGAGAGCUUGUACAUUGAGGAGGUCUACAUUGAUCAGAGAGUUCAUCCGCGUUUAAUUGGGACCAGGGGUAGAUCCAUUAAUAAGAUAAUGGAGGACUACAGAGUGGACAUUAGAUUCCCAUCGUCGAAUGACAACCCGGAUCUCGUGGUCAUCACAGGCAAGGAGGAUGAUGUGCUCGACUGCAAGGACCACCUACUCACACUUGAAGACGAAUAUCUGGAGGAGAUCGUGGACAGAGAGGAGCACCGUGCAAGCAAGCAGCAACCGACGAUCAGCAGUUUCUUCAACAACCUCAGCAACGACAUCGCCGCGGACAACAAACAGCCGACCAGCAACAACAACACGUCCACCACCAACAAACAACAGAAAGGUUUCAUCGUUCGUGAUGCCCCGUGGUGCCAACAACAACCGCAACAACAGCAGCAGCAGCAGCAAUCUAUUAAUAACACCAUCGAGGAAUUCCCUAACUUGGGACCAGCAGCUGGAAAUCCCGCUAGUACCAUGUUCACGCCUGCCUGGGGUCCACAGAGCAGGAGGAAAUAGUGAUGGGCUGAUAAUAUUUAGUUUCUUUGGUAUGAGCCGAACGAUAUAUACAUAUAAAAAAUCAUUUUGAAUUAACGUGUCAUUGUUAUGUAUCUGCUAACGUUAUUAAGGGCGCUCAAUAUAUUUAUUAGUGAAUAAUAUUUACACACACACACAUACAUACAUACAUACACAUACAUACAUACACACAUACAUACAGAUACAUAUGUAUAAGUAUAUCUGUAAAAAGAGAUAUAUAUAUAUAUGUGUAUAUCUAUGUAUAUGUAUAUCUUACAAGAUAGAUAGCUAUCAUCACCUAUUGUAUCUUUCCCAUCACUUCCUACCUUUAUUGCAGGUAUAUAUUAUUAUUAAAUAUAUUUAAAGGUUAAUAUUAUGUGUAUAUUACAUACAUACCCAUUGAUAUAUAAAUAUAUAUAUAUAUAUUAUUUAUUUAUCUAUGUAUUUUACCAAAAUUUAUGCAUUAUUUUCGUUGAUCAGUUAUUCUUACUAGACACGUUAUUAUUUAUUUAUUUUUUUGUGAAAGGUUAAUUAAUUAAUUGAUUGAUUGAGAACAAAUCAUGUACAUUAUUAUUAUUAUUAUUAUUUAAUUAUUAUUAUCAUUAUUAUUAUAAUUAUUACGUUAUUUAGAUGUCACGGAAAUUCAACAAUAGAUAAAUAAAUAAUUAAUUAAUUGAUUAAUUAAUUUAAGUUAGCAGACGUAUUUAUUGUAUCGUAUCAACCAUAAACAUAGACAAUUCAGUAUGGAAAGCCAGCAGCCAAAAACAUUAUAAAACGUGAUUAAAUUUAUCUUCUUCUAUGCAUCUUUUCUUAAUGUAAAUAAGUACAAUCUAAUUUGCUCCUGUCACAUGAACGAUGUUAAAUUUUUUUUUAAUGAUUGGGUCGUUUAAUUAGCUAGUUAUAAGUUGGAAUAUAGACAUGAAGGAAGAAUGUUAUCACAUGCCACGAAUUACUUGCACUGUUUUUUAUUAUUUAUUAAUUUUUUAUUUAUUAAUUUCUUUGGAGUUAUUAAU